ACAGACAAGUUCAGACCACGCUGCUGCAGCGUAGGUUGACAAACACAGUUUCGUUCACUCACAUUUCCGUCGCGUGUGCCAGUCUGAGCCCAGACUGUAUUGGAGCGUAGAACACGAGAAAAACACACGAUAUAAAAAAUGGAUUUAUUUCCUCCAGAGCUGUCACCCAAGAUGUGAAGAUGCCCCGUUCGAUCGACUCCUUCCCGACGGAAACCCUGGUCCCUGGUUCUGUGGACUUGCUCACCCCCGGCGUCCACCCCACAGAGUCGCACCGAGCUGAGGCGCUCGCCCCCAACAUCAGUGUGAGCGGCUUGCUCCGCUGCACCUACAAGGAGGACUUCAAGCGGAUCCUCCUCCCUUCUGUGUACACCGUGGUCUUCCUGCUGGGCCUGUCUCUCAAUGCAGUGGUCAUCCUGAAGAUAUGGAGGACGCGGCCCAACCUGUCUCGCAACAAUAUCUACAUGCUCAACUUGGCCAUCGCCGACUUCCUCUAUGUGAUGUCACUGCCGCUGCUGAUCUACAACUAUGCUAGUCAUGACUACUGGCCUUUUGGGGACUUCACCUGCAAACUGGUGCGGUUCCAGUUUUACAGCAACCUUCACGGCAGCAUCUUCUUCCUCACCUGCAUCAGCCUGCAGCGCUACCUUGGCAUCUGUCACCCUCUGGCUGUGUGGCACAAACAAGGGGGUCGCAAAAUGGCCUGGUGCAUUUGCGGGGCAGUGUGGUUGGUGGUCAUCCUCCUCUGCGCACCAACCUUUCACUUUGCCUCCACAGGGAUCCAAAGGAACCGCACCGUGUGCUAUGACUUGAGCCCCCCCAAGCUCUCCAGGAGCUACUAUCCGUACGGCAUGGCUCUGACCUGCCUCGGGUUCGUGCUGCCGUUUCUCGGGGUGAUGGUGUGUUACAUCCGCAUGGCUCAGGUCCUCUGCCGCCCGGAGCCCCAUCAGAGUAUCAGGUCCACGUCCGGGGAGAAGCGGGAAAAGGCUGUGCGGAUGAUCAUCGUCGUGGCGACGGUGUUCUGCAUCAGCUUCCUGCCCUUCCACCUGACCAAGACCGCGUACCUGCUGGUCCGCUCGCUGCCCGGCAUGUCCUGCGAGACCAGGAACCUGUUUUCAAUCAUCUACAAAAGUACCAGACCUUUCGCCAGCAUGAACAGUUUUCUGGACCCAAUUUUGUUCUACUUCACGCAGCCUCGGUACCGAAGGAGCACCAGGAAGUUUGUCCAAAGAGUCACCAUGCUCAGAGACAAGGGAACGGAUGUGUGACGUCACACACACGCGAAGACCAAACCUGAAUGUGAAACCGCGGCAUGCAUGUAACACACUUAGCACUUCAAGUUAAAGGAACAUAUAUUCAGCAUUAUGUGGUCAGGUGCCAAUCCGAUAAUCUUUGAGAAAAGUACCACAUUUGAUCCGUCUUGAAAAAGAGGUCCGGCUGUGUCUGUGGGCAAAAUCUGGAGCCUUGAAUUUUGCACUAAAACUGUGAAUGCAACACAUAAAAUGUGAAUGGGUUCAUACUUUCUCUUGAUGCACUGGUUUUUGCUCUUCUCCGGUUUUGUUUCGGGAAUCGAAAAAAUGUUCUGUGGAGGAAACAAAAAGUCUUAUCAUGGGUAUCGCCAUGUAAAACAAACAUAUUCAUCCUCUCAACCACUAGAUGGCGUAAGCUAUCUACCAUUCAAGGAGCCUGUCCACAAUCACGGUGCGGCUGUCUCGAUGUAAAUCAUGUUUCACUGUAUAACCGUUUAUUUUUACGGGCCUUUUUCGUAAAAUGAAUGCCAGAAAUAUUUAUAUCCUUGUAAAGAUUGAAGCACCUUCCAAGAUGUGUCCCAUAAAUGAAGUGUUUGUUAACAUUGUAUAGCAGCGUUCAGUCACAAAUCAUGAAACAAUGGUCUCACUAAGCCUGUUUUAGAACACUUAUGCACUUCUGGUACUUCAGCUUUGACCAACAUUUGGAAAAGUCAAUGUUUUAUCUUCAUAAUAGUAGUGAUUGGUGUAUAUCUGCCAUUAGAUUAGCGUCAAAACCCAAAUACUUGAGUCGGUUUUUACCUGCUGUAUGUUCAAUAUUGACAUCUUUGCCAGUAUUAAGUCAUUUUGGUGAAUGACUGCAAGCGGCCAGUAAAUGUAUUGUUCUGUAUUAAGAGUGGUGGUUGUGUCGCCUGGGAACAUUCUGAUGAUGUAACAGAGAUUAAACUUCUAA